UUAAAUCGUCGGUAGAGUGGAGCAGGUGGGCGUUCCCCUGCGCAACACAGCGCUGCUGGAACUGAGCGCAGGCACUUUCUACAGAUAUUUGCGGCUCGUUCUCGACGCUUUAGUGAAAUGCUGCAGCUGAAUGACAGCGUAGACCCGGAGAGCCCGGGUGCGGCUGUCUUACACCCGGAGGACUGUGAUGAUGGGCAGGAUUUGGCCCGAGCUGGAGCUUCGGUGGCCUGCUGCACUCCGCUACAGACCCUCACGCCUUUCCAUGUCCACAACCCAACCAUGCAAGCCAAAGUCAAGGAUUAUUUCGUCUUUAGGCCAGGAACGAUAGAGCAGGCGGUCAAUGAUAUCCGCACGGUUGCCUUGCCUUCAGAAGAUGGAGAGGUUCUUAGCGUGUGGCUGCUAGCAGAAAUUGAUCACUGGAACAAUGAAAAAGAGAGACUGGUACUUAUAACUGAGAGGUCUUUGCUGGUGUGCAAAUAUGACUUCAUAAACCUCCAGUGUCUGCAGGUCGUCAGAAUUUCCCUGAACGCUGUGGACACGAUCUCAGUCGGCGAGUUUGAGUUUCCCCCAAAAUCCCUCAACAAGAGAGAGGGCACCGGUAUCCGUGUCCAGUGGGAUAAGCGACCAAGACCUUCGUUCAUGAAUCGCUGGAACCCCUGGGCCACUGACGUACCCUACGCCACCUUCACCGGACACCCCAUGGCACACGCCGAUGAAAAGGUGGCCUCCCUCUGCCAGCUUGAGAAUUUCAAGGCGCAGCUUGUGCAGGCUGUGAAAAAAGCCCAUAAAGACUUCCCCAUCCCGGGACGAGCCAAUGGCGUUCUGAUACUGGAGCGGCCGCUCCUGAUCGAGACGUACCUGGGCAUCAUGUCCUUCAUCAACAACGAAGCCAAACUGGGCUACUCCAUGACAAGGGGAAAAAUCGGCUUUUAACUCCUGAAUUCUCCCUCCAUCUCUCUCAUCCUCCAGUCAAGUGCUGUUUCUGAGUGAUAGCGCUACACUUGAGUAUGUGUGUCCAGUACAUACUACGUGUUUUGUUGUUUGGAUAGCGUGUGAAAUGUGGUCAAUGCAACAGGAUGUGCCUGGAUGAAGCCAUCUAACUCUAUUCACAUGUAGUAAAACAAAAAGCCUUUCUAAUGUGGCUGAAUGGUUUGAAGAAGCAGUGAAUGAAUGACUUCCGGAAGCCCUUUUCAGAUGGUUUAGGGUUCACCUGACCCUGCUCUGCUGACUUUCUUACGGGCCGUUCACACAGAAUGCGUCUAAAAACAUGACACACAACGCUCAUGAAGGUUUUUUUUUUAUUAUUAUUAUUUUUCUAAGUGCAGUGCUGAAUGCCGCCUCCCCCAUGUUGCCGUCAAAUAUAACACGCCAACUUGCUACUGUAAACAAAAACUUGCAACGCUUGCUCCGCCUCCAGGUUCUUCUGAUUGGUCCACUGUUUGGAGCUUUCUCCGAUGAGCGGCGCUGCGUGUUAAAAGUAGACAUUUUUUUAACUUGACAAGGUGUCUUAAAAGCGUGGUGCUCAUGUGUGAGACAUUGCAAAAGACGUGAUUUGCGAAGACAACACGUCCGUCUACCGCGUUUACGUAGAAAAAAACAAUAGAAAAGUAGUGCACUGGAGUGGAAAAAUGCAUACUGUGUGAACGGCCUGUAGUGGAACAAAAGACACCUUUUUUUUAAAAAAAAAUUAACUGGUAACCUAAAUGCAAAAACAUAACUCAAUACACAUGGCAACAUGCUCAAACAAAUAAAUAAAUAAAUGCACAAGAAGCAUCACAAUGACCAUAGUCAUCCGUUUGUGUAUGGCUGUAGUAACAGAGCUUUAAUAGAAUUUAUUUAAUUUAUAAUUUUUUUUUUUAAGCUUAACCACGUCAACACCAAACAGCUAAAGAAUAGGCUGAACAGUCCUGAAACACAGUUUUGUCUGCUAGAUCCAACAAAAAUACAUGUUCAAGAUGCACUGAAUCCGGUGAAAUGCAUUUAAUGCUUGUAUAGUAAAUAAAGAAAAAUAACCUAGUUGCUAUUUGAGGAAAUCAUUUUAGUAUAAAAUGUGAUGUUAAUCAAUCUAGUUGCAUUCUGAACAUUUAUGAUUUCUGGUAAAGCUGCGAUCAAGAUCAGGCCAGAUCUUUUCUACUGUAUUUUGACAUAUAUCUGAGUGUAACGGAUUAACGAUGAAAAAAUAAUUGGUUUGAAUUUGGUUCUAUGCAUGCUUUGUUAAUUGUAUUUGGGGGUGAAACAAUAAAAUGUAUGCACAGAUGAAUUAUUCACAAUACAAUCUAUAACAUGCAUUUGAAAAAUAGAUUUCCAUUUCAUACCAACUUUUAAUACCAGUGGAGUUUGGAGAUUUAAACAAACGUUCAACUACAAAAUGUUUGUGAUUUUUUUUUUUUUUUAGUUGAAUGUAAAUUUCCAUAAUUGUGUUCACAAUUGAUCACAAAACAAAAAUUAUAUAUACAUAUAUUUUACAAAUGAUUUGCAUAAAAAAUUGUUCGGUUUGUUUCAUGAAUGGGGUCCAAUGUGGCUAAAAAGGUUUCGAAACUUGUCAGAGAAAAACUGCAUGCCUUCUGAACAGUACUACUAUCAAAUGACAACUAAGGCUUACAUUAUAUCAAAUGUUUAUUUUACCCUUAACUGCAGUGCUUUUAUAGAGGUUGAAAGUCUCUGAAUAAAGUUUAUUUGGACUGUUACUGAAGAUACUAAUUAUGAUUUUGCUUUAGUACUUUGGGAUUGCAGACAUAUGAGAUCUCUAAAAAUUUUAGAUUUCUGUAGAUCUAGACCGAUGAGUCCUCUAAAUUUAUAUUCAAUACCAUCUGUUCUGUCGUCUUUGCAAAAUGUAACACUUUUGCAUAAAGAAAAUAAAGCUAAAUUCUAUACUUACAUGAGGUCACGUUGCAAUUGUCAAUGUAAUACAGAACAAACACUAUUGAUAGCAUUAUCUUUAAAUGUAACACUGGCUUGGGUAACACACCAAAAAACUACAGCAUGAUAGACAGAUGACAUGCAGUCUCAAGUGUGUCCACCCGCCUGACAUGUAUUUUCACACGUUAAUAUUUCAAAAUGAAUUUCAGGUCUUCUUGUGGCUGCUGUAGUGUACCACUGUUACAUGUGCUUUAUGUUUGUGUGCUUAUCCAUGAUUUAUGCCUUAUUUCUUUAACCUGAAAGACAAUGUUUAAAUCCUGCCUAAGUUACAGAAAGUUACGCUUUUAUUUUUAACCAAGGCAAAUAGAUGGUGUGUGUUUGAUACUGUAUAUUCCUCAGGUGACGUUGGUCAACAGAUUGGCUUUAAUUGAACUGUUUGUUUAAGGAUGCAUGACACGGCAAGGUUGCCUCUGUUGAGCGAUUACGGGUUCUGAGAUUUUAAAGUAUUUUUUUUAUGCAUGUGCACUUUUGGUGGCCAGUGUCUGGAUUUUUUUUUUUUUUUUGUGGCUAUGCUUAUAGAAAUGGUUGUAACUUUGUUGAAAUGAGUCUCGGUUGUUGUUGUUUUUUUUGUUUUUUUUUAAACAGGCAUCAGUUGUUCAGUUUUUUCUAUUUGUAUUUUUGGUUUUAAAUGUAAUGUAAAGUUGUGCAUGAUGAUUAUGCCUGCAACUUAUGUGUACAAUUAGUCAUAGCCUCAAUUCACCAAAAAGAAAAUGUAAGCACCUUUUCCUCUGUACUUAAAAAAAAAACAAUGUAAUUGUUUUUCAAGUGAAAAUGAUUUGCAUACCUAUUCAUCCAUGUUAUUAUAGUAAAAUACUGUUUCUAUCACCCAAAUCAAGCCUAAAUCUGAACUCUUCCAGGUUUCUGUUUAAUUAAAUUUUAGGAAUCAUCUUUAAAGAAUUUUGUUUGAAUGUCAUCACGCUGAUUUAUGUAAUAUAUCCAUCAUGCUUCAAGUAAAAUUAUGGUUAUUUUAAACACU